AUGUGCACUAAAUUUUGGCCCAUUUUUGCCUUCCUCCUGCUCGCAGCUGCUAUUUCGGCUACUAGCGCCGGCGAGUCGAGUAUUGAGCAAAAUAACUCCGCAACUGAAAAGCCUAUAGCAAAACGCAGUUUAACUGGAUAUGGCGGCGACUCAGGGCAGACGGUUGCCAUUAGCGCUAGUCCUUGGUUAGGCGGCAGCAGUGGAUCACAUUUCAGCGGCGGUUUCAACGCCUUAGCUGUCAGUGGCUGGAAUCCCUGGAAUAGCUUUACCUCUCGCCAUUCCUCGGCACCCUCACCCAGCGAGGUGGCUAACGCCAUUUCUUCUGCAAAGCAAGCAUCCGCCAAUGUUCUCAUUGCGCAGCAACAAAUGCAGGCGGCCAAAGAGAAUGUGCUGAAUCAACAACGCAUUGCUAUGGAAAAGGAAACUGCUGCCGCCAUACUCACCCAGAAGUCAGAGGCUGCCGCUGCAAUACAGCGCUCCGAAGCAGCGGCUGCCGCACAAGCGGUGUUGUUAGCGCAACAACGUUUGGCCGCCUCAAAGUCAGCCGUGGCACAUCAGCAACGUAUCGCCGCCGCACGUGAGGCGGAAGCAGCAGCGGCCUUGCAGCGUUCAGCACAUGCUGCUGCAGCUGAAAUACAAAAAACCGAAUAUGAAGCAUCCAAGUUGAGCCAAUACACACGCAAUGGGAAUGCCGGGGCAGCACAUCAUCUCACCUUGACCAAGGAUGUAGCAUUCAGUCCGAUUACGGCCGGCACCAAUCAUGUACCCAACGUGGAGACAGUCGGUCCGUGGGCGGGCAGUGGUGGCAAGGGUGCGGCUGGUGGCGGCGCGGCUGCUGGUUGGCUGUAA